CACACACUCUUCUGUUGUGGCCACAGCAAAAGUUCUUAACCCAAGAUGAAGUGCUUGGCGUUUGUGCUCCUGGCGGCUGCCGUUUGCGCUUCCGAAAUCGAGAAGCGAGAGGCGGAGCCCAGCGUAGUUUAUCAUUCCGGCUACACAACUUCAGUCCAUCUACCGACCUACGGACCAUCCCUCCCUACUCACCACCACAAGAGAUCAGCAGAUGCUGAGCCUUCCAGUCCUUAUGGCGUCAGGACCAUCUCCCACACUCCUGUUUAUGGUGGAUAUGGACACAACGUUCAUACACUCCACAAAAGGGCUGCUGACGCUGAAGCUUCUCGACUUUACUCUCACAGAAGCUAUUCUUCCAUCCCCGUAGCCCACGGAGGAUACCAUGGUCACCGGUUCCACAAGAGGUCUGCUGAGCCAGAAGCUGAGGCUGAGGCUUCUCGUGGUUAUCUUCCUGAUCUUCCAUAUGCUCCAGCUGCAACUUACGGCCGACACAUCUACAAGAGGUCUGCUGAGCCCGAGGCUGAGGCUUCUCGUGGUUAUCUCCCUUAUCUUCCAUACACUCCAGUUGCACCUUACGGCCGACACAUCUACAAGAGGUCUGCUGAGCCAGAAGCUGAGGCUGAGGCUUCUCAUGGUUAUCGCCCAUAUCUUCCAUACUCUCCAGUUGCACCUUACGGCCGACACAUCUACAAGAGGUCUGCUGAGCCAGAAGCUGAGGCUGAGGCUUCUCAUGGUUAUCGCCCAUAUCUUCCAUACUCUCCAGUUGCACCUUACGGCCGACACAUCUACAAGAGGUCUGCUGAACCAGAGGCCGAGGCUGAGGCUUCUCAUGGUUAUCGCCCAUAUCUUCCAUAUGCUCCAGCUGCAACUUACGGCCGACACAUCUACAAGAGGUCCGCUGAACCAGAAGCUGAAGCUGACGCUUCUCACGGUUAUCUCCCUGCUUACAUUCCCUACACUCCUGUGCAAACUUCAUACAGCCGACACCUCUACAAGAGGUCUGCUGAGCCUGAGGCAGAGCCAUCUUACCUAUACGCUCCUGUCUCUUACGCACAUACUUCUGUUUAUCGUCCUGCUUCUGUUUAUCGUUCCCUCUAUUACUGAGCCGGUACAUAAUGGACAAUUAUGCCAAACAGGAGCCAUAGUGUGUCAUCUAAUUAAUUCAACCGGAAAA